GUUUCGAUGAUGAGCAGCAUGGCCAGCGUGGGGAGGCCCAAAGCAGUGUCUCAUUGUGUCGUUGGGAAGGAGAGGACAUGGUCUCGUGACAACGACAGGCUGAAAACAGUGUCUCCUUGCAUCAAAGGAAAACCCAGAGCUGUCUCUCCAGGCAUGAUAGGGGAGCAGAGGGCAGUGCCUCCUUGGAGGCCAGAGUCGAUGUCUUCAGGUGUGAUAGGAAGAGAUAGGGCAUGGUCCCUUGGUGUGCUCCAGACCACCAGCGGCUACAGCAGUGUGACCCCAUGCCAGACCACUACUAAGAAUCUCCGAGUGACGGACAUCUUGGACUCCAAACCAGAGCCAACCAAGGCCCCUGUCAAGAUCCGGCCCCCCAGCCCACGUCCCCCACCCCCCAAGGAGCCCAUUUUCAGUCGCAACCUGUCCAGUGACCCUCCCGUCCAGCCCAUCAUAAGACGUAGGGCCCAGUCUUUGCCCUCGGUCCACGAGAGAAUUAGAGACCGCCAGGUACGCUUCGUGGACUCCUUGGGGCUGGAGCUGGAGGAAGUCAAGGUGUUCAGCAACGGAGAGGAGCCUCGGAUUCCCGCCCACGUCUUCUCCAGACUUCUCAUGAGCGCUGAGAUGAACUCAGGGCGGUCCCUGGAGCUUUCCUUGCCUUAUUUCAAACCUUGUUUUCCCGAAAACAAGGGCUCCCAGCCGGGAUUCGUUAAGCGUCUGGUGGAGCAGGUGGUCUCUCUGGACCAGGUCUUGUGUUCUGAGCUGGGCAUCAUCGGCAAGGUGCAGGUCCUCAACCUGGCCUUCAACAAGGAGGUGACGAUCCACUACUCCUUCACCAACUGGAGGAGCAGUGCUGAGACCAGAGCCUGCUGGGUGGCUACCCUCCACAGGGAUCAGAUGGAGGGACCAGAGUCGGAUGUUUUCCGGUUCCGUCUGCCCGUCCCGCCAUUCAUCCUGCUGCCUGGAGCCCAGCUGGAGUUCGCUGUGUGUUACAGAGUGACGGGAGCUGAGUACUGGGACAACAACGAUGGGAACAACUACAAACUGUCCUGUCACAGCUACACGCUCACUGUGCCCCGGGAAUGUGAGAACAGCAUGGUGCACUACACCUGACUGGCCACUAGGGGGAGGCAACCAGAGCUGUAGAGCGAUGGGGAGGUCAAUGGGGAGGAAGACAACACAGCGGCGCCAAAUGGUUUGACGGUACACAGAUCUGCCUGUAGGAAUAGAAGAGGAAAUGAAACAAGCCAUUCUCCUUAUUAAAAAAUAGUAUUAAAGGUAUUUAAAGACAUUGGUGAAUAAAAAAAUAGAGUAAAAGUAAUUGAAGGGAAAGCUGAUAAAGACAUACCCAAGACGACUCAAAGCUGAUAAAGACAUACCCAAGACGACUCAAAGCUGAUACAGACAUACCCAAGACGACUCAAAGCGGAUACAGACAUACCCAAGACGACUCAAAGCUGAUUCAGACAUACCCAAGACGACUCAAAGCUGAUUCAGACAUACCCAAGACGACUCAAAGCUGAUUCAGACAUACCCAAGACGACUCAAAGCUGAUACAGACAUACCCAAGACGACUCAAAGCGGAUACAGACAUACCCAAGACGACUCAAAGCUGAUAAAGACAUACCCAAGACGACUCAAAGCUGAUAAAGACAUACCCAAGACGACUCAAAGCUGAUACAGACAUACCCAAGACGACUCAAAGCUGAUAAAGACAUACCCAAGACGACUCAAAGCUGAUAAAGACAUACCCAAGACGACUCAAAGCUGAUAAAGACAUACCCAAGACGACUCAAAGCUGAUAAAGACAUACCCAAGACGACUCAAAGCUGAUAAAGACAUACCCAAGACGACUCAAAGCUGAUAAAGACAUACCCAAGACGACUCAAAGCUGAUAAAGACAUACCCAAGACGACUCAAAGCUGAUAAAGACAUACCCAGGACGACUCAAAGCUGAUUCAGACAUACCCAAGAUGACUCAAAGCUGAUUCAGACAUACCCAAGACGACUCAAAGCUGAUACAGACAUACCCCAGACGACUCAAAGCUGUAAUCGCCAACAAAAGCAUAUUACAAAUUAUAAACUGGGUGGUUCGAGCCCUGAAUGCUGAUUGGCUGACCGCCGUGGAAUAUCAGACUGUAUACCAUGGGUAUGACAAAACAGACAUUUUUACUGCUCUAUUUAUGUUGGUAAACAGUUUAUAAUAACGAUAAGGCACCUCGAGGGUGUGUGACAUAUGGUUAAUAUAACACGGUUAAAGGGUGUGUGACAUAUGGCCAAUAUAACACGGCUAAAGGGUGUGUGACAUACGGCCAAUAUAACACGGCUAAAGGGUGUGUGACAUACGGCCAAUAUAACACGGUUAAAGGGUGUGUGACAUACGGCCAAUAUAACACGGCUAAAGGGUGUGUGACAUACGGCCAAUAUAACACGGCUAAAGGGUGUGUGACAUACGGCCAAUAUAACACGGUUAAAGGGUGUGUGACAUACGGCCAAUAUAACACGGUUAAAGGGUGUGUGACAUACGGCCAAUAUAACACGGCUAAAGGGUGUGUGACAUACGGCCAAUAUAACACGGCUAAAGGGUGUGUGACAUACGGCCAAUAUAACACGGCUAAAGGGUGUGUGACAUACGGCCAAUAUAACACGGCUAAAGGGUGUGUGACAUAUGGUUAAUAUAACACGGUUAAAGGGUGUGUGACAUACGGCCAAUAUAACACGGCUAAAGGGUGUGUGACAUACGGCCAAUAUAACACGGCUAAAGGGUGUGUCCGGGUUGUGUUGUGCCUAAGAACAGCACUAAGCCGUGGUAUAUUAGCCAUAUACCACACCCCUUCAGGCCUUAUUGCUUAAGUAUCCUACAAAGUAUUGACUCAGGGGUAUGAAUACUUACGUAAAUUAGCUAUUUAUGUAUUACAUUUUUUUUGUAAAUUUGCCACAAUUUCUAAAAACAUUUUUCACUUUGUCAUUAUGCGGUAUAGAUGGGUGAGAGAAAAUAAAUAUCUUGAAUCCAUUUUGAAUUCAGGCUGUAACAAAACGUGUAUUAAGUCAAGGGGUAUGAAUACUUUCUGAAGGCACUAUGUGGUGCUUAUGAAGCUUUAUGUCAGCUAUAAGAAGCCUUUAUGCAUGCUAUGUGAAGGCUUCAUAAGGUGUACUUCCAGUUUUUUCAUUUGACACGUUUCUAUAGUAGAUUUAAUGUCACUGCACUCGCUACAGCCGAUAAGAUUUGGGUGUCCAUAUUUAUUAAUAAACAUUUAUAUAUUCUGUUAAUAUUCAGUUUGACAUAUUCUGAUUAUAUUACAUUAUACCAUGACAUUGUUGAAUACUGCUUUCUGAUUGGCUUGAAGGGCAUUCAUUAUUUCCCUAUAACGCAUGGUAUAUUUGCACGGUAGAAAUCAAUGGCUAUAGUUCAUUCUUACAUGUUAUGUGUUUCAGCUGCUUUUGAAAGCUAAAGUUGAAUUGGAAAACAUUGUUGGAUUAGAUUUUCAUAAUGGCAAGCUAGGGACUGAUGGUUUGGUUCGCUAAACUUGCAAGUCAUUUUGUACGGUUACCAAAUACGCAGUACAUUUUUAGCGACAAAUGUGUUAAAUUAUAGCCAUGGUGUGAAAGGAAUAAUCAACUCUGGGCUCUAUUCACCUGUAACGUCGGCCAUUCAGUGAUUUCAUUUCACUUCUGCCGUGUGGAACUCUCUCUCUGUCUGACGAGAGAUAUAUAUAUACACCUUUCAGCUCUGAUGUUCCCCCUGGAACUCUGU